UCGAGAAACCUCUGCUAUGUUUAGCUGAUACUGUCUCAAAAAUAACAGCAAUAUUGUGGUGGACCGCAACCGUAGCCACCACAAGUUGAGCAAUAAAACAUAGGGUAAUAUAGGUUUUCUUUCAGUUAUUUUUUUCUCAAGGUGAAGAGAUUGUGCAGUGUCUAGCUCGAGGUUGGCAUCACAUUAUCAAUGGCCCCUCGAAUCUCCUUCUUCGUCUUCGCGCUUGCUUUGCUUCUCGGCAUUGCUUCUGCAAGUGAUGUGCCUGGUGCAAUUAAGUUCGGUUACUCUGACAACAAUGGCCCUGACAAGUGGGGAAAUUUGGAUCCAACAUUCUCACCAUGCUCAUCCGGGAAAACGCAGUCUCCUAUAAACAUUCUGAAGAAUCUGACUGUCCAUAACAAACUAUUGAAACCUUUAACCAGGAAUUAUAAACCUGCAAAUGCUACCCUCGUAAACAAUGGCUUCAAUGUUGGGUUGCAUUUCGAGGAAUAUGCCGGAGAGGUAUCCAUAGAUGGCAAAAACUACGAACUACGGCAAAUGCACUGGCAUGUACCAUCUGAGCACCUAAUUGAUGGAGAACAAUUUGCUGCUGAGCUUCAUUUGGUCCACAGCGCAGCAGAUCACAGCAUUGCAGUUGUAGCUAUACUCUACCAACAAAAUGAUACCGAUCCAUUCGUCGCCAAGAUUAUGAAUGGUUUGAAUGAAUUGGCCAAGGAGAAAUGCAAAGCUGAUGAAAUAGCUGAAAUUCCCAUUGGUACCUUGGAUAUCAAGCAAUUGAAGCGAAGUAGCCGCAAGUACUACAGAUAUGUUGGUUCUCUUACCACUCCUCCAUGCUCGGGGAAUGUCACAUGGAACAUCCUCGGAAAGGUGAGAUCGAUUUCGAAAGAGCAGAUAGCCGCACUGGAAAUUCCAGUGAACUCAGAUUGCAAGAAAAAUGCAAGGCCUUGUCAGCCACUGAAUGGCAGAAAGAUUGAGGUGUAUGAUGAGCUUAUUGGCUAAAACUGGUAUCAUCAUCAGUGAAAUUAUGUGCAAACAGGGGGGAGAGAAUUUUGUUGUUGUGCUUUAUUAACUUUUACCAUGUACUUAGAUUUUACCAGUUAAAAACAUAAUAUGUUGUGUUUUACAAAGUGCUGAGUUCAAGCCCGCAUAUCA